AUGGCUAGAAAGAGGCCACACGACCAGGUUGAACCUGAUGUCGCCACAUAUCCCGAGUCUACAACAACAGAGAAAACUUCCUCUGUCAAAACACAUCAAGCAGGAAAACCGAAAGGGCAAUCGCGGCAGGAAAGGUCGGAGAGAAGGUCUAAGAAACAGAAAAAGUCGGCCGAUCAGCCCGAGCCAACAAAUAAUUUCGUGGCAGAGAUUUCGAACAAGGACACGCACCAGGAGGCAGAGGAAUCUAAACCCGCGGUAGCAGGAUCUCCAGCAGAGGGGCCCAGGAAGAAGCAAAAAUCCCGGGAUCAGAAGGUAGAGAAGACCCCUUCAAGGUUUAUCGUCUUCGUGGGAAAUCUUCCUUUCGAUGCCACUACCGUCCAGAUCAAGCAGCAUUUUUCCAAACUUGCGCCCACAAGCGUUCGAAUGUCGACGGACAAAUCCACCGGGAGAAGCAAGGGGUUUGCCUUCCUCGAGUUUGACGACUACGAUAAAAUGAAAACAUGUCUAAAGCUGUAUCACCAUUCAAUUUUUGAUCCUCAGCGUCAGUCUAGUGCAGAAGCCAAGGACGUUCUAAGUGACGAGAAGUCCAAAGGCAGGAGGAUAAAUGUUGAGUUGACGGCUGGGGGAGGAGGAAAGAGCAAGGUGCGCAAGGAGAAGAUCAAGAUGAAAAACAAGAAGCUAGGAGAGGAAAGAGAGAGACAGAGGAUCAAAGCGAAAACCGAGACAGACAAUGCCGCUCGAAAGAAACGCGAAGCUCCCGGAACCGGGCCAAACGCGGAUACGAUGAUGGUGCCCGAAGACAAUCGUGGUGCGAUUCAUCCGAGUCGGCUUUCGCGAGUACAACAUUGA